UGGCCGGCCGCCGCGCCCGCACCGUGUGAACCGCCUCUUGGUGGGGAUGCCAACUUUGCCCCCAGGCGUCCUCUGCAGCCCCGCAGGCCCAGCGCCGCCGUCGGGCUGAGGAGACGCGCUAAAGAAGUAAACAGGUCAUGGCACGUUUAACAAAAAGACGACAGGCGGACACAAAAGCUAUCCAGCAUCUUUGGGCAGCCAUUGAAAUUAUCAGGAAUCAGAAGCAGAUUGCCAACAUUGAUCGUAUUACAAAGUAUAUGUCCCGAGUCCACGGUAUGCAUCCCAAAGAGACCACCCGGCAGCUGAGCUUAGCUGUGAAAGAUGGUCUUAUUGUCGAAACUCUAACAGUGGGCUGCAAAGGUUCAAAAGCUGGUAUUGAACAGGAAGGAUAUUGGUUACCAGGAGAUGAGAUUGACUGGGAAACAGAAACUCAUGACUGGUAUUGUUUUGAAUGCCAUUUGCCUGGAGAGGUGUUGAUAUGUGACCUGUGUUUUCGUGUGUAUCAUUCCAAGUGUUUGUCUGAUGAGUUCAGGCUUAGAGACAGCAGUAGUCACUGGCAGUGCCCAGUUUGCAGGAGCAUUAAGAAGAAGCACUCUAACAAGCAGGAGAUGGGCACCUACUUGAGGUUCAUCGUCUCCCGCAUGAAGGAGCGGGCUAUAGACCUUAAUAAAAAAGGAAAGGACAGUAAGCAUCCGAUGUACCGGAGGCUGGUCCAUUCAGCUGUUGAUGUCCCUACCAUACAAGAGAAGGUGAAUGAGGGGAAGUACCGGAGUUACGAGGAGUUCAAGGCUGACGCGCAGCUGCUGCUCCACAACACAGUGAUCUUCUAUGGAGCAGACAGUGAGCAAGCGGACAUUGCAAGGAUGUUAUAUAAAGACACGUGUCAUGAGCUGGACGAGCUGCAGCUUUGCAAGAACUGCUUCUAUCUGUCAAACGCACGGCCUGACAACUGGUUCUGCUACCCUUGCAUACCUAAUCAUGAGCUGGUUUGGGCUAAAAUGAAAGGUUUUGGGUUUUGGCCAGCCAAAGUCAUGCAGAAAGAAGACAAUCAAGUUGAUGUUCGCUUCUUUGGCCAUCACCACCAGAGGGCCUGGAUCCCUUCUGAAAACAUCCAGGAUAUCACGGUCAAUGUGCACCGGCUGCAUGUGAAGCGCAGCAUGGGCUGGAAAAAGGCCUGUGAUGAGCUGGAACUGCAUCAGCGGUUUCUCCGUGAAGGAAGGUUCUGGAAGUCUAAGAAUGAGGACCGAGGUGAGGAAGAGGCAGAAUCCAGUAUCUCCUCCACCAGUAAUGAGCAGCUGAAGGUCACUCAAGAGCCAAGAGCAAAGAAAGGACGACGUAAUCAGAGUGUGGAGCCCAAAAAGGAAGUAAGUUGCCCGCCUCACAGUGUCCAGGUGGCAAUCGAAAGAGGAAAGAGUCUCAAAGUACGCUCAAGACAGUCAAGUAAUAUCCGUCAAGUUAAGGCCCAGUCUCCCGACUCCUGUCGUUGUGGACUGCUGCUCGACCAGCACACGAGUGCACAGUCUCCGUCCCCAGAACCAGAGCCAGAAACGGAAGCAGUAAGUUCCAGCCAGGAAAUUCCCACAAUGCCUCAGCCAAUUGAGAGGGUGUCAGUGUCAACCCAGACCAAGAAGUUAAGUGCCUCUUCCCCAAGAAUGCUGCAUCGGAGCACCCAGACGACUAGCGAUGGCGUCUGUCAGAGCAUGUGCCACGACAAGUACACCAAAAUUUUUAAUGACUUUAAGGACAGGAUGAAGUCGGACCACAAGCGAGAAACAGAAAGAGUGGUCCGUGAAGCGCUGGAAAAGUUGCGUUCUGAAAUGGAAGAAGAAAAAAGACAAGCUGUAAAUAAAGCUGUAGCCAACAUGCAGGGUGAGAUGGACAGAAAGUGUAAGCAGGUGAAGGAGAAGUGUAAGGAGGAAUUUGUAGAGGAGAUCAAGAAGCUCGCGGCGCAGCACAAGCAGCUCAUUUCUCAGACCAAGAAGAAGCAGUGGUGCUACAACUGUGAGGAGGAGGCCAUGUACCACUGCUGCUGGAACACGUCCUACUGCUCCAUCAAGUGCCAGCAGGAGCACUGGCACGCAGAGCACAAGCGCACCUGCCGCCGGAAGAGAUGAGCCUGCCGCCACCCUCACACGCAGCGGUUGUUGUUCCCAAGAAGCCAAAAUUGUUUAGAAUUUGCUUCCCAUUUUGCACCAGCCUUUAAACACUUUUCGUGGUGAAAUUUUGCACAGUAGUUUAAAUCUUUUGUUAAUGCUCCUCCGGCAUUUUUCGGGGGCUGAAGUAACAUCAAUGGAGGGUAUUACUCUAAAUAAAUCUAAUUGAAGAUUUGUUGCAUUUUCAGCAAAUUUUAAAACAUUUUUAGGUUUUACAGAAAUUUUAACCUUUAAACAACAGAUCUUAAAAAAAACAACAGGUGAAUAUGAGAGAGUCUAACAGAGACAGACCAGAGCUGAAUGUAAGAGCGGCAGAUGCUUCAGAACAGACUACCUGGCCGUGACCUGGCCGUGACCUUGCUGAGCUGGUUUUGUGCGGAUUGCUCACUGCCCGCAGGCCUUGCCUGGGGCUGUGCUGGCGGCGUGUGAUUGAAUAUAGGGAACAGGGUUGACACAGCAGGGCUAGCCCUGCAUAUUUUUUCUUAACUAUUUCCCAAUUGUGUUUUCAUUAUUUCUUUUCAAUAUAUAACUUUUAUAACAAAUUAUUAGCUUUGAUCUUGUAGUUUAAAAUUGCAGGGAAACUGGGGUAAUCUUUUACUGAGCUGGAUCUUAGAGAAAAAUGAAUAUUUAAAUUUUAAAGUUUGCACAUUUCAUCUUUAUCCUGACGUGAGUGCUUGUAACAAAAUCAGCAGCAAAAACAAAAAUCAAAAGCCAAAAACUACCUGUACUCAGAACAUGGAAUUACAGCUGAGGCAUACAAGUUUAUAACUGAGUCCCCUCCCACCUCCCUAGUGCCACCCUAACCUACCCUGUGUCUCCUAAUCAGAGGGAGAGAGCACUUGCGUGUCACAGAAGCCGUUGUAUUGUAGGGGAGGGUCAUUGCUACUAAGGAAUCCCUCACUGUACACAGUGAGGCUGCAUGCUACUUUCCUUGUAUUAAAGAUACCGUGAUGUGUACAAAGUCUGUAUCUGCGGGAUGUCUGGUUAAGAAGCAUUACUGGUAGGAAUGGAUCGAUAGUUGAAUCACAUUUUUUAUACAUAGAUAUAUAAAAGACAACCAGGAAAAUUAAAUUUCUUUAAAACUAUCUCACCAAUUGGUUUUUUUUUUCUCCUCCAAGACCCAUCACAGACCAAACCAAAUUCCUACUUUAUCCUUUAGUUAUUUUUUGAGGUUAGAGAAAUAAUUUGUAAAUAUUUAUUUAGACCUUUGAUAUUUAUUAAAGCAAUUACAACAGAAGUGAAAGAGUCGGGAGAAAAGCCUUUAAGACAGUUUUCUCCGGUCCAUCAGGGUCACUCUAAAGAUGAAAGUAAGGAGCCGUCUGUGAGACCUCCUCCCCGGUGGGUGCCGGUGCUAUUGCAGACAUGUAACUACUGCCACUCGGGGGUGCUCUUUUGUAUAAGCCCAUGAGCUCCCCCAGGUUAUAAGGUAACCGCACUAGCUUGGCACCGCCCCCUCCUCGCUGCCGUGUACCAGCACUGCUGCUGCGCUGCCCGAACAAGGACACUUGACAGUCUGUGAUUGUUUUCAGGUCUUCAGACGUCGAUCCACCCCUGUGAGAGCAAGUUAUCGUGGGAAUAUUUUUGGUGUAAAAUCAUUCCAGAGUAUGUACUAUUUACCUGAUAGCUGCAUGAAAGUGAGGUUCCUGUUACUUUGGCUUCUUGUCUCUGUCGGCACGGCUGCACAUUUCCAAGUUACUACAGUGUGAAAACUGUGUGUUAAAAAAAAAAAAACAAAAUUAAAAAAAGAGAUUGUGGCCUGGUUUUGUAAAAGUUUUAGGUAAAAUUACAAUUGAUUGUUUUAGGAAUCAUUAAAAUUUUCUGCAAUCAUAAAGCUCUAUCCAGGUGUUGAGUUUACCACUCUGCACAUUGUAAGUACCCAUUGUGGCUGUCCAGUUCUAUGAUGCGUUCUGGCAUUUUGUAAGCUGCUCUGACUAGCAAUAUAUAGAUUUCAUUUACUGUGUUAACAUUGGUUAAUAAAUGUAUUUAAAAAAAAAAACCAACAA